ACGAGCGUGAGCAACGGGAAAGAGAGAGCGAGAGAUGGCGCAGGUGUGGGCGGUGUCCCUGGCCGUGGCGUCGCUCGCGAUUGGCACGCUUGGGGUGCUCGGCGUCUGGCUCUGCUACCUCCUCGACGCAGUGGCGCGGGGCCACGCGCCACCGCCCUCGGAGGAGGCGGACGACAACGUCGGCGGCAAGAACGGGCUCUCGGAGGCGGAGCUGAUGCGUCUCGGCGGGAUCCGCGUGGCGGAGUCCGCGGACGGCGAGGAGGAGGAGGAGGCGCUCUGCCCGAUCUGCCUCGACGCCAUGGAGCCCGGUCGCGCCGUGCGCGUUAGCUGCAACCGCGCCUUCCACCAGGACUGCGUCGACCGGUGGCUCACCAUCUCUCCGCGCUGCCUUGUAUGCAACGUCUGGGCCGCUCCGCCCGUCGCCAGCUACCUCCCCGCCGGCGCCCAAGACCGCUUGGGAUUCUUGAGGUGGGGGACGGCGCAUCUUCUCUGGCGCCUAGCGGCUCAGUUCUUGGUUCUUGACGAGUUCUUGGUUGGGUUCCGAUCAUUAACCAAGAAACGUUCUUGAUGAACUCUCGUCGGUUUCGUACUUCUGGGGUGCGAUUCUUGAUGAGUUCUUGGCGGAUACUCGAUUUUGUGAAGGAUUCUUGGACGGGAUUGCCUGUACAUUGGCUCACUCCCUGAAUUCUUGCUCGAAAUCAGUAGGUUUUGCAGGUUUUAGUCCUUGUUCUUGUAGCGGAUCAUCACAUUUCGACGGAUUUAGUCCUGUUCAUGAACGAACUGAGUAAAGAUAUUUGAAAUUUUAAUUCGCUGGUGUUAAAUGAGUCAUGUGUGAUAGGGGAUACUUUCUUUCUUUUAUCUGGUUACAUUGUUCCUGUUGCUCGGUUUGUUCCCUACUCUGC